AUGUGGUCGGGGAGCUUCCGGGGCCGCCGGCCCGGCCGGCCGCGGGAGGGGAAGCCGAGGCGGGCCGGGCCUGAACGAUUGGUGCCGGGCCGCGGGAAGCGGGCUCCCGUCGCCAGCCUUCCUCCGAGCCCCCUUCCCUGCCGCGGUCUGAGGCGACGGUGGCCCCGGCCCCUCCCCCAGCAACAAAUGACAGGGCCAGGGCAGCAGGAGGAAAGAGGACCCCGGCGGAGGGAGGACAGGGAGGGAGGGCCCACGGCCUCUGGACCCCACACACACCCAGGCACACGCACGCACACUCAAAAGGGGAGCACCAAGACAGCCAAGUCCCCGGCCCCGGCGGCCCGGGCGGACGAGAACCCGGCCGGCCAGAGCAGCGGCGGGAGGGAUUUGGGAGCCGAACCCUUGUCCGCCCGUCCGGCUCCGGGCGAGAGGGCGGACGGUGACCGGGCACGGUCCGAGCGAGCCCCCCCCCGGCCCACGGAGACCCCGGGAAUGGGACGGUCCAUCCCGGUGGCCUCGGGCGACUACAAAGUCGAGCCCGCCCCGAAGCGAGCCGUGUGGUCCCCAGAUCCCAGACUGUCACCAAGUCCGACGGCGCAAACUCUACUAGGGCGGGGGCAUGGGAACGUGCCCACGGGCCCGGACAGUGCCCUGAGCCCAGGAGCAGACUCCUUCCACGGGGCCGAGCCCUCCCGCCCACCGCCCGCCGUGGGGACCAGCCCUCUCCCCCUGCUCCCCGCCGACCAACGGCAAGAGGCUCGGGGGCGAGAUGACCGCUGCCCCCCAACCCAAGGCCCGGCCUCCGGGCCACAGGCAAUCAUCUACCACACGCCCCCAUCUCAAAUUGGGGACACACUCUGGAAGCCCCCCACCCUGCCCCGCCCGGCGGGUUCGCCGACCCUCCAGACGGAGAUGGGACUCGGCCCUCGGGCCCCUGGCUCCUUUUUUAAAAAGUUAAAGAUAGCCCGCACCAAAAAUAUUCACAGUUUAUUCGUUGAAACAAAGAGCUACGCGAAGAAAAACGCCCGUCAAUUUCUCGAGUUGGAGAACCUGUGCCUCCCUCCCCGCCGCCACCCCACGCUUACGGAGUCUCCCCCUCGCCGGCUGUCCUUCCGUCCUGUCCCCCGAGCCGGGGCCGGGGGUCAGGCGGAAAAGCGCGGACGAUCCGGCUUCGGGGCCGGGGAGGGCAGCACCAAUGGAUUCCCCAGCCGGGCACGGAGAAACCGGGGGCAGCGGUCGGGGCGCGGACCGGCGACGGCGACGCUCGGCCGACAGCCGGCCGGGCCCCCCUCCCGGCACCGGGUCUCGGCGGCCCGGACCGCCGGCCCUUUCCAUCGGGAUGGGCCGGGGUCCCCUGAGCUGGGUGGCGAGUGUGGGGCUCGUCUGGGGCCAGCUUCCCGGAGCGGCGGUGGGGUGGGGGGCGCGCCCCGUCCUUCCGUGGCCCUCCCGCGCCCCGCCGCGCUCCUGACCACAGACCUGGCCGGUCAGUAA